AUGAGUGGUGCGCCAAUUUUUCAUAAUAUUCAUUUAUGGUUAAUAAGGAGUGCCACGAAUGGUGUUACUUCGAACACAAGGAGUACAAAAGGCGUUUCGACUUCUGGUGAUAGUGGUAUCAACGACGAUAAACCCUCCCUAGAAGAUGGAAGCAAACGAAAGUCGAGUUGCUCUGAUCGUUCAAACGAUGAUGAAAAUGAAAAGGCAGAUGUGAACUGCUGUAAUUCUUAUGGUAAUUCAAAGGCGCUCGAACAACUGGAACAACUCAUUUUGUCGGACGAGUGGAUUACUAAAGAAUUUAUAGAUAACCAUCAAACAGCGAAGAACGUUUCUAGCUUGAGUUAUGAUACAAUAUUACAAUCCGGGCGUAAAAAGAUCUCAAGGUUCAUACAUAAAAUAUGCUCGCAACCUAGGACAAUUGCUCAGAACCUACAAAGAAAAACGGCUCUCUGCACGCGCGGCGAGGCAUUAGCCGUAUCAACAUGGAAAGUCAUAACGCCUAUAGACAUUCCGAGCCAAGCGAUCACUGUCCACACCCUUUCUAAAUAUCGUAUGAAUAUCGCUCGUUUGUCGAGGGUCCGUCUUUCUCACUUCAGGUUUCGAGCAAUUAAUCUUGGCUCCAAGCAGAGGUAUUGCCUAUAUCAUUGUGUUGUUUUGGAGGAUGUAGUGGUUAUCAUGUCUGAAAAAGCUCGGUCCGCUCUGAUUAGAUGGAAGCUACUAAACGACUAUAUGGCCUAUGCUUGCUUCAAAGGAGAGUUUUGGAAUAUCAUAAGUGUAUAUGCUGUAGCAGAUGACCGUAGUAAGGAUAAGUUCUAUGCGGAACUUCAAUUGCUAACAACACCUCUACUGAAACAUGACAAGGUAAUCGGUGGGACACCGGAAUAG